AUGCAAGAUAAGGUCACGGCCCAGAUGGUGACGGAUGCGAUAACGCGCUUUGAAGUCAACGCUGCCAAGAACUUCCGCCACGACGACCCGGACCUCACUCCAUGCACUUUGCCGGUGCUCGUCGCGUCCAACGUCAGUGCCGGCGAGGCCGAAAUGUUUUUCACGUCGCGAGUUGCCAACUUGGCCACCUUCUUCCAAGACGGCGCAACGGGGGACGUUUUUGUGACCAAGGUCUCAAACGCGCCAGCCAACCGUGCGUUGGAAGGCCUAGAUAAUGGCGUUGCAGGCUACGUUAAUGCGUACAGCCCGUUUCUAUAUGGAAAUGUGGAGGUUGACAUGUUGAUCUCUGCCUCAUAUGUCAUCUUCGACUACGCCAUCCAACCGUGCCUUCUCCCUGCUGGCGAGGUCGAUGCAGAACCUCCCCGUGGCGUACCGACCUCUCGCAUUGUCAUCGAGAUUGAGUACAAUGACCGCACCCUGUCGGAGCUGCAGAUGUGGGCCACACGACUCCUUGGCAACCCCCUCAUUCGAGCCUUCGUUGGAAUUUUCGUGUUCAAUCGCUACCCCGAUGGCACGUUUGCGAUGCUCGCUGUGCUCUUCCGCCGUGAUGCCGAUGGGAACGUUGUUGUGUUUGACGCGGCCUCGUUCGGCACGAGAGCGCUGCACCCCAGUGUGAUGUCUGUUGUCAAUGAGAUGCCAUUUGCGCAAGGAGCAGCCCUUCGUGAGCUGCCGUUGCCGCCCGUCGUUGUUCCACACGAAGGGGGGUGCUUGUGUGCCUACAUUCGCGAAGACGACGGCCCUCCAAUACCUGCCGCUUGGAGCGGUUCGAACCCGUCCAUCACCGUGCCGGGGGAGGAUGUGUUCUGGAUGGCGCCUGCUCCCGCCAUGGAUCCCCUGCCCGACCUCGUGAUCGACUUAUGGCGCAUUUACUACAAGGUCGCGUCAUGCCGCAAUUGA